AUGUACUCCCCAAUCAAAGCGCUGGUUGCCACCACUCUCAUGGUAGUCUCUGUUUGUGCUCAGAACGCCUACAUCAACCUGCCUGCGCCUGGCUCCGAUAUCACUGCGGGUGCCAACUUUACUGUGCAAAUAGGCCUCCCGGACAAUCUCACUGGCAGUGAUGAGAUAUCGAUUGUAAUUGCUAUCCAGUCUUGUCCAACUGGGAACUGUCUCCCCGUUAGUGAGGAUAUGGGAACUGUCUUGUAUGCAGGACCGUUCAAUCCCCAGUUUGGGUCGGGCGCGGACGACCCAUAUGAGGACUUCUCUGUUCAAGUUCCUGCAUCCUUCACUACUGGGCAAGCACAGCUUGGACUUGCUCACUUUACCCUCGUUGGAGAGCUUUACUGGCCAUACUUACAACUCGUGAAUGAGACUGUUUACGUUGUUUAG